AUUGAAGAGAUAAAUUGCUAAUACUCUAUUGAUGUGUGAGGAAAUGUUUAACAUUUUUCUAUUUCUUGCAACAAAAAAAGAAAUACAGAAAAAGAAACUCUUGGUAUAUGUGGGCAAUUUUUGUUCUUAAUCUUGAGCAUCAAAACCUCAAUCUGUUCUUUGUGCUAAAGGGUUUUAGUUUCAUUUUCUUCAUUUGAAUAUGUAUUUGACCCUUUCUCAUCUCCAUUUCCUGAUCCAAACAUUCAUGUAGGUGCCGUAGAAAGAAACGCUUUAGAAUUUAGAUUCCCAAGAUUUCAGAAAAACCCCAUUAUGGUUGUGUCAUUCAAAUUGUCGAAGACAGGUACCAGGUUCCGCCCCAACUCUUCUCUUCAAUCCGAGACCAACGUUGGUGUCGAAGAUGUGCCCGAGAAUUCUAGAGAUAGCUCACGAAUUCUACACAGGGACGACCCAAUUGCUCGGAAAAUCGAGGGUGCUGCUGUUGAGGGAGGUGAGAAAGUUGCACGGGUGUCUGGGUCAUCCGUGUCUUCUGAAGAGCAACUUGGAGUUAAAGAUAGAGAAGUGUCCUUUACUUUGAACCUCUUUUUAGAUGGAUAUUCUAUUGGGAAACCCUCGGAGAAUGAGUCUACGAGUCAAUUAGCUCUCCAAGAUGCGCAGAAGCUGUUACAUCCAUAUGAUAGGACAUCCGAAACUCUCUUCUCAGCAAUUGAAUCUGGUCAGUUGCCGGGAGAUAUUCUGGACGAUAUACCUUGCAAGUAUGUUGAUGGAACACUCGUUUGUGAGGUACGAGAUUACCGUAAAUGUGCUCCGGAACCAGCAGGAUCUGGUUCUGUGCUAACUGAUGGAUGCCCUGUCGUGAGUAAAGUAUGCCUUAAAAUGUCAUUAGAGAAUGUUGUGAAGGAUAUUCCAUUGAUCUCAGAUAAUUCUUGGACUUAUGGUGAUCUGAUGGAGGUGGAGUCUCGUAUAUUAAAAGCUCUGCAACCUCAACUUCAUUUAGAUCCCACUCCAAAGUUGGAUAGGCUUUGUAAGAAUCCAGUUCCAACAAAGCUUAAUUUGGCUAUCUGUAGUUUGCGAAGAAAGAGAUUAAGACAGAUGCCAGAAGUUACUGUCACAUCUAACAGCAAAACACAUGGAAAGAAAAUAUGCAUUGAUAGAGUUCCAGAGAGUUCUAACUGCAGACUGGGAGAUUCAGGCAGUUUAGUUACCGAGAAUGUUCAUGAAAAUCUGAGUAGCAACAUGUUGGCCAUUAGAGGCAAUAACUUUGUGUCUGAUGCUUCUGUAACAACGCCACAUUUGGUAUCUAAUCAAAUGGGCUAUCAAAUGGGGGUUGGUACCCAAAGAAGUACCCAGGAUCAUGGAUCAGGAUUUGUUGUAAAUUCAUCUGGGGCAUCUCCUGUUGGGCAGGAUGUAAUGAUUACAUAUGGUGAUAAUGUGAACUCUAGCACCUCUCUUCACAGAAAGAGGGAGAAUCAGGAUGGACAGUUGUCUCCCUUAGCCAAUAUUAAUAAAAGAGGAAGGCCUAUGCCUGUAGGUCUUGAGGGAUUGCAACAACAACAACAGCAAGCUGGGCCACACAUGGACAACUGGAAGAAUGCAUUGUUGCAGCAGCAAGCUACAGGCAGAGGAAUGCAGUAUGCAAAUACUGGCAAUCAGAAGUUUUCCCAGCAGGUGUUUGAAGGGGUUUUAAAUCAGGAUGUGGCGGCACCAUUUUCUGCAGGACAGCAGGGCAUGAGAUUCACUGCUAAGGAAGAGCAGUUUGAGACAGCUAAGCUGGAUGGAUCAGAGCUCAAUGGAGGUAGAAAUGAUACACAGAUGGUGGAAAACGAAAUGAGCCAUCUUGAUCCACAGCAAUCAAGGAACCAAGCAAGAUUACUGCAGAAUAGUUUCAUGAGAUCAAAUUUUCCUCAAACAUCAUGGAAUAAUCUUGGUCAGCACACUGAGAAAGAUGGCAGAAAGGAGGAACAGUUCCAGAAAAGAAAAUCAGCUCAAAGCCCCCGGUUAUCUGCAGGAACUUUGGCGCAAUCUCCAUUAUCGUCAAAAUCAGGUGAGCUUUCUAGUGGUUCUGGACCCCAGUUUGCAACAGCUCCAACAACUACUACUGCAUCCCAGAAGGAGAAGUCAGCAAUAUCCACGAUGCAUGCAGUUGGCGGAACACAAUCUUUAACUUCCAGUGCAAAUGAUUCCCUGCAAAGGCAACACCAAGCCCAACUUGCUGCUAAACGGAGAUCAAAUUCCCUUCCCAAGACCCCUGCAAUGAGCGGGGUUGCUUCCCCUGCCAGUGUUAGUAAUAUGAGUAUGCCACUAAAUGCUAGUAGUCCUUCAACCCAGCAUUAUGUUGACAAAGAAAUGCUUGAGAGAUUCUCUAAUAUUGAUAUGGUGACCAAGAGACAUAAACUCAAUUACAAAGAGAAUAAGGUUGAUGACUACUCUAGAAGAAAGCCUAAUGGAUUUCCAACUCAAAAGCUUAUGGUUUGUCUCUCCAAUCCUUCAAACAAUGAGGAUUUCAAAGACGAUACUGAAAAAUCUUUAUCGAAGUCACUUGUAGGGGGCAACAUGAAUAUUUGUAAGACUAGAGUUAUAGCCUUUGGGCCUUCUGAGCGUAUGGUUCAGCAAGGAACAUCUUAUGGUCUUAGGUCCAUAUCUAGGAUGAUCAUGUCAGAGAAGCCAAAUGAUGGAACUGUUGCAAUGUUCUAUGGAGAUUUAGAUUUAGAGGAGAGUGAUUUCAAUAAUGUUGAGCACGGUCUUCCCACUCUGCCAAAUACUCAUUAUGCAGAUUUGCUGGCAAAACAGUUCUGUAAGCUGAUGGAACGUGAAGGAUAUAAAUGGGAGCAACGUGUGCAACCUAAAGCUCACAUGACUGUUGCCCCGGGCAAUCCAUCAAAUACUACUGGGAUGCCUCCUAAUUCUGCAGGUGAGAUGCAACAAUAUGCAGAAGCAGUUCCUGGCCAGCUAUCCAAUGAGGCUGUGAAGCAAAGCAAUAAUCUUCAUACAUCCCAGAAUCUUCUAGCAAACUCAAGGAUGCUUCCCCCUGGAACCACUCAGGCCUUACAGAUGUCUCAAGGGCUUCUACCUGGGAAUUCAAUUCCCCCAAGGCCACAACUGUUAGACUCUCAGCCAUCACUUCCCCAGCAACAGCAGCAACAGCCAAACCAAUUGAUUCAACAACAGCAGCAACAGUUCCAGAGAUCUAUGAUGCUUCAAACAAAUCCUCUUUCAAACUUGAAUGCUAUUGGGCAGAAUUCGAGUAUGCAGUUGGGAAAUCACAUUGGGAACAAGUCUUCUGCUCUCAAUCUUCAGUUGUUACAACAGCAGCAACAGCAACAGCAGCAGCAGCAGCAGACAUCUCAAAUGCAGAGAAAAAUGAUGAUGGGUCUUGGAAAUGUGGGCAAUAAUAUUUCAGGUCUUAGCAACGCCAUGGGAAUGGGAACUGUAAGGGCAACUGCAAUUUCAGCACCCAUGACAUCUUUAUCUGCAAUAGGACACGUGGGGCAGAACCCAAUGAAUUUAAGCCAGUCUUCCAAUAUGGGUAGUACAAUAAACCAUAUUCGAUCUGGACCAUUACCACAAGCUGCUUUAAUGGCAUCAAAAUAUAGGAUGGCCCAAAACAGACAAACAAUCCUAGGUCCUCAGUCAGGCAUAACUGGGAUGGCAGGGGCCAGACAGAUGCUUCCAGGAUCUGCUAGUCUUUCAAUGAUUGGUCAGACUUUGAGCCGAGCUAACUUGAACCCAAAUCCAAUGCAACGAACACAAAUGGGGUCUAUGCCUAUGGGUCCUCCAAAGUUGAUGGCAGCAGGGAUGAAUAUAUACAUGAACCAGCAGCAGCAACACCAACAGUUGCAACUACAGCAACAAUUACAGCAGCAACAACAAUUGCAGCAGCAGCAGCAACAACAACAAUUACAGCAGCAACAACAAUUACAGCAACAACAGCAAUUACAUCAGUUACAGCAGCAUCAAGAAACAAACUCAUCACUUCAGGCUGUUGUGUCUCCACCCCAGGUGGGAUCACCCUCAACCAUGGGAUUUUCACAAAUGAACCAACAAACCCAGCAGCAGCAGCAGCAGCAGGCCAGCCCCCAGCAAAUGAGCCAACGAACUCCAAUGAGUCCACAGCUAAGCACAGGUGCUAUUCAUGCCAUGAGUGCUGGGAACCCAGAGGGCUGUCCAGCCAGUCCACAAUUGAGCUCCCAAACCCUCGGUUCAGGUGGUAGCAUUGCAAAUUCUCCCAUGGAUCUUCCAGGUGUGAACAAAAGUAACUCUGUUAGCAAUGCACAGUAAACAUUUCAGGCUGUGGUCUUGUUUGUUAUCUUACCAUUCCUCACAGAGAAGGUUCAAUUGCCAUUGGAGAGAGUAAGAGAAAAUAAUGCAUUUUGAAAUUUAUAGGUUGGGUGAAUUUCUUAAAUAAUGCUACAGCUAUUAUGCCAAGAAAUAGCUGAUGUGGGGCAAGAGAUUCAUAAUUAACAACUCAUAUUAAUAAGUUGUUUUGAUGAAUAUUUUUGAAGUGUCACAUGAUAUUUGUCAGCCUGUUAAGAAGUAACAAGAAUUUAGAUUCAUCGUGGCUUGUACAGAUACUACAGAAGAAUAGUUUUAUGUAAAUUGCUACGAAUGGCUCGUCUUUAGCUAGUUUUUAUGGAAUUGAGAUUUUGGAUGGCAGGGGAGGGGAAUUGUGAAGCUAGUGUUGGAAUUGCUAUUUUGUAGUUGAUUUUAUUGUAAGUCCCUUGUAAAUUCUAAUCAAUUAGGAAGAAUACCCUCCCUGUAUACUUUAAUUAUUUAUUGUAUGAUACAUUGAUCGUAGUUGGUGAGGUUUUCUUAUUUUAAAGUAAUACUAUUGAAGUGACUCUUGGAUAUA